CAUAGUACCUUGCGUUUUAGCCUUCAAGUAUGAUAAACUAGGAAAACGUUCCUGCUACUUGAGAUUAUUCUGUCCGGCUCGAUGCUUGCAUUUCCUCCCAGGAGUUCAGCUCGUAGCCCAGGGGUUCAGCCCAGGAAAAAGCCUUUUUAGUCGCGCGAACAACAUUCGCCGGUAGUCAGCCGGUCCCGCGUCUCACAGACGGUCAUCUUCAGAUCGUUCGCGGACACCGACUCCUGCCUUGAGAGAAGACAUUCGCGGAUUAUCGGGGGAAAUGGAGCAGGCAAACAGGGAGGACGGCACGGAUCAGCUAGCAGACGCUGAUGGAAGCCACAACAGGCCAGACGAGGACCGGGAAAUGGACCCCAUGGAGGCGACCGACGGGGGAGCAGCGAGCGACGUGGUAGGAGCGAGCGACCGGGGAGCAGCGAACGACGGGGAAGAAACGAAUGAUGGAGCUGCGAGGGAGGCGGGAGAGGAUGUUGCUAGCGGUCGUGCCAGAACUGGUUACGGAUCCACCGAUGCGCUGCUCGAUGGUUUCCUCAAUGCCAUAAAUCCCGCGGUCGAUGGUGAUGGAGACAAUCGUGCGGAGGGGGACAAUAGCGAAGAAGGCAAUAGCGAGGAUUCGGAGGCGUUAGGCGAGGAGGAUGUGGAUUUUAUCGGGGUUGACGACGAUGGCACGAUGGUCAUCGAUGAAUUUGAUGAUGAUGAUGACUUAGACGACGAUGAUUUUGAUGAUGAUUCCGAGGACGAUAACGAGGAGGAUCAUAACGAGUUCGACGACCCGCUCUAUAACGAGAGGAGGAGAACCGUGCUGAGGCUCGCGUCCGUGAUAGCAGCAGCUCCGUUAGACGACUGGAGCAGAGUGAAAGGCGCGCAGGUGCACGAGGAGGCAAAGUAUUUGCUAGAUGACGCCUGCUCCACAUACCGCCUGCCCUCUGGGGUGUGCCACCACCAGUGCUGUGACACUCUCGUGGCUGGCCCCGGCCCUGUGGCCACUGCGUAUGCUGCAGCAGCAGGCCCCUCUGAGAGCUCUGCGUCCGCAAUCCCAAAGGUAGCGGCAGCAGCAACAUCACUUUCCCAACAACAACCACCUCCUUCCCUCCCAACGCCUCCCUCCCACGCUCCCCCCUCCGCCUCUUCUUCCUCCUCCCCUCCGCCCCCCCCGCCAUUCGCCCGGGAGGUCGUCUGCACAGUGCAGCGCAUAGUGACGCUCUACAGCACGGCGCUGCGCCGCGUGGUGGCCAUAACCUCGCUGCCCUCCGAGCCAUACAGCGUCGACCGCUUUGGGGAUGUCGUGGUCGCGGGGUGCUAUGGAAGCGUCUGCAUUUACCUUAUCCGAAGGGAGAUCGUCAAGAAAACAGCUGGUUGGACCAAGGACGGCGCCCCAGAGCGCAAUGCCUCCCCGCACCCCCCCCACCACCACCGCCACCACUACCAGCAGCAGCAGCAGAGGCGGGAGAAGGGACGAGUCGGUGAAGAGGAGGGGGGGAGAUCCGGGGCGGAGGGGGAGGAGGAGGAGGAGGAGCGGGUGUGGUUUGAGGCAGCAGGGACGGUGGGGGGGUUUGAGAGCAGCUUGAUAGGGUCCUCAAUGUGCAACUCUGUUCGGUUUGGCACCGUUGGCAACUGGGUGCGCAUGCUCGUGGCCCACCAGAAUGGCUACCUCUACCUCUUCACUCUGCCGCCGCCCUUCCAGCCAGCCACAGCGCGCCACGUGGGCCGAUCUGAUUGGGUCUUUGGCGCCCAGAGCCUGGAGGACGCCCAGCAGAUGGCCCUCGAGGCUCGGUGCCGAGGCUGUGAAGGAGGUCCGGGAAAAGGGGAGGCGGGGAAGGAGGAUGGAGAAGGAAUGAGGCAUGCUGCCGCUGCUGGUGCUGGUGCUGCUGGUGCUGCUGGUGCUGCUGGUGCUGCUGGUGCUGCUGGUGCUGCUGGUGCUGCUGGUGCUGCUGGUGCUGCUGGUGCUGCUGGUGCUGCUGGUGCUGGUGCUGGUGCUGCUGGUGCUGCUGCUGGUGCUGGUGCUGCUGGUGCUGCUGGUGCUGCUGCUGCUGGUGCUGGUGCUGCUGGUGCUGCUGCUGGUGCUGGUGCUGCUGGUGCUGCUGGUGCUGCUGCUGCUGGUGCUGGUGCUGCUGGUGCGGGCGGCAGUGCGGGGCGGGAUCUGAACCUGAGCGCAGCAGGGAGCGAGUCCAGAGCAGCUUCAGCCACAGCUGCUGCUGUCGCCUCUGCAGCUGCAGCCGCAGCGGUGCCGUCGCACUACCCCGCGGGCAGCGUGCCUCUGAACGUGAAACUCAGCCUGAGGGAUCUCACCACCGUGGACAUGCCCACGUCAGCGCCAGUGAACAUUCGCACAGCAUCCCCAGGAGGGCUCGUGCGCACCACGGCUCGCCUGGUCAACGCCAUCGGCCCCUUCCCCAUGCCGCUCAACUUCGCCCUCGUCUCGCCCAACGCAGAGUGGAUCGCUGUUGCGGGGGACUUUGCUGCUGUGUGUCUGCUGGACCGUGCAUCUGGCUUCAGCGUAAAUUCAAUGGCUAUCAGGCGGAUUCCAAUGGCCUCUAGGAUGACAAGGGGCGCUGCUCACGGAUGCCAGUACCUGGCUUGGAACCCCUCAUCCUCGUUACUAGCAGUCUCAAGCGACUCUUUACAAGCCGUUUACAUGUGGGGCGUCUUCCGCAUCCCCCAACCUUCCACUCCUGCCGCAACACAGCCAUCACCGCCAUCACCACCAUCACCAGCUGCAGCACAACCAUCAGCCGCAGCAGCAUCAGCACAACCAGCAGCAGCAGCAGCAUCAGCCCCAGCAGCACCACGGGUUCGGAUGGUUCCUCUGGCGAAGUUGGAGCACGCCUUUCAGUCGCCCCCCCUCGCUCUGCAGUUUGAUGCCUUCAACCACCACCUGCUGCUCGUUGUUGAGCGGUAUAGUGCGGUGCACGCUGUGGACGUGCGGGCACCCCAUGCCAGGCAGCAGAUCCAAGUGCGCUGCCGAAGCCACUCUGCAGAGGGAGCAGAGCAGGGGGGGGAGGGGGAGAGGGAGCAGAGGGAGCGGAGAGAGGAGGCAAGGGAGGAUGGCCGGUGGGCAGUUGCCCUAGGGGGACUUCCCACCGCCACUGUGCAAGAUGCUGCUGCUGCUCCUUCUGCUACUCUUGCUCCUACCGCACUUGCUCCUACCGCACUUGCUCCUACCGCACUUGCUCCUACCGCACUUGCUCCUACCGCUCUUGCUCCUACCGCUCUUGCUCCUACCGCUCUUGCUCCUACCGCUCUUGCUCCUACCGCUCCUGCUCCUACUGCUCUUGCUCCUACUGCUCUUGCUCCUACUGCUCUCGCUCCUACUGCUCUUGCUCCCACCGCUCUUGCUUCUACUGCUGCUGACCCAUCGGAGGCACGCAAUCCCCCAACAGUGCAGUUCACGCUUCGCAAUGGUGAUGUUGACCCGCAUGCCAGUCAACGUGCCAUAGACAGUUAUGUCAGGGUCACAACAAUGUUGGCACAAGCGGGUGGUAGGUAUGGUGUUGGUGCUGCUGGCGCUGCUGCUCCUGCUCCUGCUCCUGCUCCUGCUCCUGUUCCUCUUCCUGCCCCUGCUGGUGCUGGUGCUGUGGACCGUGUGUUUGGGGGCAUGGUGGACGCAGUGCAGGACCGUCUGCGGCGGCAGCUGCAGCAGCUGGAGCAUCUGCUGCAGCGCCGCAACCAGCCGCCCGUCAGCGAGGUUGUGGGGCUGGCGGCCUACUUCCAUCCUGGUGUGCUGGUCUCCACAGAGAACACCGUCUUCCAGUAUUCGCGCAUGGGUGCCUGGACACCCUCGUCACACCGGCUGUACCCCAAGCGAUUCAAGGAAGUGGUUCGGCUGCUGCUGCUGGGGCAUCAUGCCUGUGGGCCAUGGGACUACAGUGCUGCCAACAGCCAAACACAGGCUGACAACAGAUACCUAUGGCUACUUCCACUCGAGGUGCUUCUUCAGAUCAUAGGACACUCAGCUACACCUCUUUCUGCAUGGAUUGGAGACGCAUAAACCACUUGUUAGAUAUAUUUUUCUCUUACACGAGUUCAUUUGUGUUUAGGGUAGCAUGAAAAAACGUACUGUGCUGUAAAUCAUGGUUUUUUGCUCUACUUCUAAGAUAAACC